CUCCUCCAUCUCGCUAUCCAUCCCAGCCUCCACCAUGCCGCCGCUUCCUACUCCCGCCGCCCUGCUGCCAGCGAGCUGAAGACUGGCGUUCGAGAUGCCGCCAAGUCAAUACAGUGCCGAUGUCGAUCGGAGGCUACUCGAGGAGAUGGCCAUGAGCCUUGAAUGCGGCCGACGCAUGGAGGCAGGAUGAGCCGACUUCUUGUCCGCCUUCUCGCCGCCGCAUCCAUUCUACCAACGCUGCCUGUCUCGUGGCCACUUUCCCUUCACCUUGGCGAACCCUCCGCCGCAAUUGCAAGGCCGUUGAAGAGAUCGGGCACACAAACGCCGUCUGAGCAGCAUGGCCCAGGAAGACUCCUCGCUGCACCCUUCGCCUCCUGCCUCCUCAUCCUGCCUCCUCAUCCUGCCUCCUCAUCCUGCCUCCUCAUCCUGCCUCCUCAUCCUGCCUCCCCAAUCUGCCUCCCCAAUCUGCCGCUCCCGCAAGUCAGCCGCAGAGAUUGCGCACAAGACGGCGCCGAUGACUACAACUCGUCCCGAGAGAGAGCGAAGUUGCCGCGCGAUCUUCCAAGCCACUACAGAUGAAGAGAUGGUCGGGGACACCACUGAAGUCAUGACUUCGCACGCUAGCGCAGGCCAUUGGGUGUGGGGGAUGGAAAGAGCGUAGACGCAUACCGAACUGGAGGGCGGAGAAGAAGUCAAAAGAGAUUGGCUGGGCAACACCGCAGCAUUCGUCUUCCGCAGCAUUGCUUGCCCCAGCGCAUCACCCACCUCACCGGCAUCAACCCUCCGGGGCCUUGGGUUAGGGUUAGGGGUCCAUAUGCAAUGUUAUCCUAACUGCUAUAGGGAUUACGCUCCAACCUGACUCCGCUGGUCUGCCUGUAGGCUCAUCGCAAAGCCAUACCUCGAAAGGCAGCCUAACUGUAUCUACAUUGGAGUUUUUAAAAAACUCCAUAGAAAAUCUACUAAAACCUCCAAGUUUUUUUAAAAAGUAAAAUAUAAAUGGAGUUUUUAAAAAUAUUAGUUUAUAAAGAUAGGAUUUAUAAAGUAAAGAGAUUAAAA